AUGGGUAACAAGAAGAAACCAUACUUAUCCCAGGACUCUGCUGGCCCGGGCUCAUGCAAAAAAGCGGGCGAAUUAGACAAAUACUUUAGAGACAAAGUAAGAGUUCUCACGAAGGACGAGAUCGAGGUGACGCCAUCUUCACCAUGUGGCUCCCCGCCUGCAAGCCCAACAGGCUCGGAACAAUCCUGUCCCUCUGGAGCUUCAAAUCUGAAGGAGAUUCUGCAGAUCCUUCCCUGGAAAGAGGAUCUUGCCUCUAUGUUGGCGAAAUUGGAGAACUCUAUGCAAGAAAGGCUGUCAUCACCUCAGAAGUCCAGCAGAUUGGACUCAGAGUUGGAUACUUAG